AGUGCGCCUGCGGCUUGAGAGACCGUGAGCCACGGGGGCGGGACCGCGCAGGCGUGCGUAGCUCCCAGACGCUGGAGCAUAAACAAGAGUGAGGACGGGAUGAGGCGGCGGUUGAUCCCGGGACGGCAAGCGGCGGCGACCGAGGCGACAAGCGGGGCCCGGCACCGACCCUGAGCGCACCCCGACCCACCUCGUGGGCGCGUGCCCCCGGCCGGGCCGACCCGCCCGCCAGCCACGCGCCCAGCCAUGAACCUGGCGAGUCAGAGCGGGGAAGCUGGCGCUGGCCAGUUGCUCUUCGCUAACUUCAACCAGGACAACACGUCCCUAGCUGUUGGUAGUAAGUCCGGUUAUAAAUUUUUCUCCCUUUCUUCUGUGGAUAAGCUGGAACAGAUCUAUGAAUGCACUGAUACUGAAGAUGUGUGCAUUGUAGAAAGAUUGUUCUCAAGCAGCUUAGUGGCCAUCGUUAGCCUCAAAGCCCCCAGGAAGCUAAAAGUUUGCCACUUUAAGAAGGGAACCGAGAUCUGCAACUACAGCUACUCCAACACGAUACUGGCUGUGAAGCUCAACAGGCAGAGGCUGAUAGUAUGCCUGGAAGAGUCUCUAUAUAUACACAACAUCCGGGACAUGAAGGUACUGCAUACAAUCAGAGAGACCCCUCCAAACCCUGCAGGCUUGUGUGCACUGUCAAUAAACAAUGACAAUUGUUACUUGGCAUACCCAGGGAGUGCAACCAUUGGAGAGGUACAGGUCUUCGAUACAAUUAAUUUGAGAGCUGCAAACAUGAUCCCGGCUCAUGAUAGUCCUUUAGCAGCCUUGGCUUUUGAUGCAAGUGGAACCAAACUUGCCACUGCUUCUGAAAAGGGGACCGUGAUUAGAGUAUUUUCCAUUCCAGAGGGACAAAAACUCUUUGAAUUCCGGAGAGGAGUUAAGAGGUGUGUUAGCAUCUGCUCAUUGGCCUUCAGCAUGGACGGCAUGUUCCUCUCUGCAUCUAGCAACACCGAGACUGUGCACAUCUUCAAACUUGAGACUGUGAAGGAAAAACCUCCAGAGGAACCCACCACUUGGACUGGGUACUUUGGGAAGGUGCUCAUGGCCUCCACUAGCUACCUGCCUUCUCAAGUGACAGAAAUGUUCAACCAAGGCAGAGCCUUUGCCACAGUCCGCCUACCCUUCUGCGGCCACAAAAACAUCUGUUCACUGGCCACAAUUCAGAAGAUCCCCCGGCUGUUGGUGGGGGCCUCUGACGGGUACCUGUAUAUGUACAACCUGGACCCCCAGGAGGGGGGUGAGUGUGCCCUCAUGAAGCAGCACCGGUUGGAUGGCAGUAUGGAGACAGCCAGUGAAAUCUUAGACUCUGCCUCUCAUGAUUGCCCCUUAGUAACUCAGACAUACAGUACAGCUGUAGCAAAAGGUACUUAUGUGCCUUCGUCUCCAACAAGACUUGGUAAGGAGCAUGACACAAACCUCGAAGCAGAUCUGUAUUGA